CUACGUGACUUUACCGAAAGAACCAAAGAAGAUGAAUCCUUGCAGUCACGAAAGCUUUAAAUCGAAAUGUCCUUAGUCUUGAGUUAAUGUGCGGUCUCAAGUCUUCUCCGUAGAGAGGGGGACUCGGCUGGUGUCCACUGAAUGGCUCGUGGGAAGAGGCUUGUGGUGACAUCUGGGGGAUGGUGGCUACAUUUCGGCACCCGCGCCGAUCUCACGACAGAUCUUGAGACUCAGUGAUGUGGAUGUCAAACUAAGAGUUUAAAGCCUCUCUUUAAGUCGGACCAAUUGUGGGAGAAGGGGGUGGGGCUUUCCCAUCAUGGGGAUGUCCGACAAUCUACAAAUCAAUAACACGAGUUUAUGACGUGUGAGUGGCGUCCAUGGUCUCAUAGUUUGUGCCGUAGUUUUACGAAUUCCCCACAGCAGGUGCGUUUCUUCGGGCGGCGUUGUAAGGGAGGAGCAGCCAAGAGAGGCGCUACUUUGUAACGACAGACGAUGCAACUGGUGACACAACACAUGGAUGCACGCUUUAUUGAAUUGUACUCAUAAACAUCUGAUGGUCAUGUCCCUCUACGCGUUCGUUACAUUUCUAGUUUCAAAAUCAACAGCCAUGCCUCUGUAAAAGCAGUGAGGGCAGUAAACGCCUGUACCCUGGUGGUGAUGCUGUUCAUUGACAUCGCGUUGAAACACUCGGACCUCAGGCCGGCAUAGGACCCAUCUUCCUUAGCCUUCCCCAUAGUAUUCCGUCUCACCAUGUCUCCUGCCCUCUGGGUUUCUUUCCGUGUCUCUAUAUCUCUCCUUGUCUGUCUCAAGGACCCCUCCACUCCCCACCUGCGCAGAGCUCCACUUAAUGUCACGUGGGAGGCUGCGGUGGCCUCAGCCGAGUCUGACUCAUGUUGGAUUAGAGAUGUGAAGAGGAUGGGUUACUUUCUGGGUGGAGGCCAACUCCCUUGACCCUCAAGGCCGAGAUAACCCUGACCUAACCCUAGAGGCAGGCUCCACCUCUUGCUGGAUGCACAGAAUCCUCAUGCCGGGAGUGCCACCGGGUGUGAGGCAGUGGGGACGCUGGCUAUGGGGAUCUCUUGCGAGGGUCGCUCUUGUCAGGGCUACGUUUAACUCUUCAGGCUUCACGGGGUCGCUGCGUGACCUCGGCCUCCGGGUGAGCCGGUCAUCUACGAGAUGCGGGUGAAUGAGGCACUCGUGGCUGCGGCUUCUGUCAUCCCAAGCAAGUUACUGCACCUCGCGCAGAGAGGAGGAACUCCACCACGUGCACACGCAGCACGAUGCGUACACACGGAGUGCACACAGGGCACGUGGCACGAGUGGGCGAUCUGGAAAAGGGAAGUCGAUAAACGGAAGUUUGCAACGAAUUUCCCAGCUUCUCAACCCACGCUCCCCCACGCCGUUCCUCCCGCGCCCCGCGUCUCCACUGAGCCCAGGAGUGGUCCUGAUCUCUCCGGGACACAGCAUCAGCUCGUCCAGAACCUGCACCUGCUCCAAGACAACGCCAUCGAGGAUUAUCACCCUCUCAAAAGCCAUCCUUCACAACCAUCUCCUCCAUAAGGAGGAUGGAAGUGUUCCAGACCAGCGUCCUGUUGUGUCUUGUCGGCGGAAGCCUCCAUCUGCACGAGGUUGCAGGCUAUGAUUUGGGGGUAAAUUAUCGGAAUUCGGUGGUGACUGCAGUGAAGGGAAGCGACGUCGACCUCCUCUGCGAGUCCCGGUUGCUCAGCAGGCAAGAGUCCGUUGUACGAGUCAGGUGGACGAGAGAUGGCACUGAUGUCACAGCAGAUAACCUCGUCUACAGCUCCACGUCAACAGAGGUGGCUGAGAGCUACAGAGGUCGAACCUCCCUCAGCGACGAGCACAGCCACUGGUACUGGGCUCUCAAGAUCAAGAACGUCCGAGUCUCAGAUGUCGCCACCUACUUCUGCACAUUGGAGACGAAGAACCAGGGGUUCACUGGGACAUCAGGAGUUCAGCUUCGUGUACAAUGUACGGAGUCCAAUGACGCCACUGUGAGCUACGGACCCUCGGCGGAGGUGAUGGUGCAGGAGGGAGGCCGGGCGCUGCUGCCCUGCGCCUUCUGCAUCCGCAGUCACUACAGCAUUAAGGGCUUCUGGCUCAUUGUCGAUCGCUAUGAUGAGAAAAAUACCAGAAACAUCGUCUACGGCUCUAUGUACGACGACAGCCUCAUAGAUCGGUACAAGGGGAGAGUCGAGUUGGUGGGGGCUCUGAGUUUGGGGAACUGCUCCCUGGAGAUCAGAGACGCGAGGAAAGAAGACUCGAGGACAUAUUUCUUCCGCGCCAACAUCGAUCUAACUAAGUUCAGUGGCACAGCAGGAAUAAAAGUUACAGUCGUUGGCAGGUCAUUCACUCCCAACACUGAGGGAAGCAAGAGAAUCAGGGAGAAGGUGGGGACACGAGCCACUCUCAAGUGCACAACCACGAAAUUGCAGCAAGCGGACAACGUUAAGUGGUGGAAGUACAGAUCAGAUGGUCGGUACGAGAGGUUGCCUCAAACGAGCCGCGACCUGACCUUGGAAGCUGUGGCCGUGAAAGACGUGGGCUGGUACGAAUGCGAAGCGUGGAACUCCUCAGCAAACAGCAAAAGUUCAUGGACGGAGCUGCAAGUUUUCUCCUUCCUACCGGCCGCGCCGGGGCUGCGCGCCGCCGUGCCGGCCACCCUGGGCUGCAGCGUGGACACCGUGUCGCGUAUGGACUCCGUCACCAUCCGCUGGUUCCUAGACGACGAUGUCAAGUGGACAAACGCGACCUCCCAGAGUUCAUCUAAAGACGGGACGUUCACCGUGACUAGCUGGCUCAGCUUCACCCCAUCACCCGAGGACGAUGGGAAGAGAUGGCGCUGUGAGGCCUCGGGAGGCGACGUGGCCUCAACGAUGGUCCAGGAUUUUAUCCUGGACGUCAAGUACGCGCCGGUGAACACGACGGUUCAUUUUGCUCCUCGUCUCCCGAGAGUGGAGUCUGGUGACAACGUGACCAUGACGUGCGUCGCCCACGGUAACCCGAGCCUCACGUCGUUCAGCUGGAGCAGGGUACCACCCAGCGGCCGCCAGCUCCCUCACAACCCCACAGACGGUAUUUGGAUCCUGAUGAAUGUCACGGCGGAGGACUCGGGGCGCUACCUCUGCGAGGCGUCCAACAGCGAGGGCCCCGGAACCUCCGCUCACCUCGACCUGGACGUGCAGUAUGCACCGGUGGUGAUGAACCUGUCUCAGGAUGAGACGUGUGGGGGUGAUGGUGACGUGUGCCUCUUCUGUGAGGUGAAGGCCAAUCCUAGUGCUGCCAUCACCUGGUGGGCUUGGGGCAGCAACGUACCAGAAUGGACCCAGGAUGGGAAGGAAACCCUGACCUGGAGCUCCGUGGCCAUAAAGCAAUCACAGGAGCAGAAUGUGACCUGUGUGGCGGCAAACGUUGUCGGCGAGACUAAGGCCGUGUUUUACAUUAAAGGACUGGUGUCAGCAUCCUGGGCCAUGCACGUGGCCGCUGGUGUGGGGGUCACGCUCCUGCUGUUGCUGCUACUCUCUGCGCUCUGCUGGCGAGGACGAGUGCUGGCCGCCGUGUUGAAGUGGAACGAGGCGGAACCGGCCACUCUCUUCCAACUCGGAGACCGCAUGGGGCCCAAUGGAGGAGCAAUGGGGGCGCGGCCCAGGGCGGACGGAUUGGCAGGAGAUAGAGCCUCCUCCCAGCAGCCACUCUACUGCAACGUGCAGAGAGAGCUAGGCCCGCCUCACCCCCGUAUACAUCUCCCUGGUGGCUCAGCGGGGCCCGCAGCCCCAACCGCCAGCGCCGACUGCUUGUACAGCCUGGUGGGCAUGGCCGCUCAGGCUGAGCAAACUCAGCCCGGGGCGCUUUACAGCGUAGUGAACCGCAAGCGGGCCCCGCUGGGGCCCACGUACGGGGAGGCCACCCUCUACAGCACAGUGGGCCCGACGGGCGCCGGCGACCAGCGCGGUCCGUCCGCUACUCCCAGCGCUGGCGACGGCAGCGGCGGAGACGCGGAUGAGCAGACGGAGGCGCUGGUGUACGCCAGCCUUGAUUUUGGUGCGACUUCGGGUCUCCCUUGAGAGAACCGAAAAUCAAAAGCUGCUUCUGCUUACUUUGUCACGAUGCACGUGUCGCGGAGGUGGCAUGACGCUUGAUCAGGAGCCAACGAAACAUAGUGGGAUAACUUCAGUGAGCAUGUUUGGUUAGAUUCUAGAAUACGUACGUAAGUAUGUUGAACUUAUUUCGCACCGUAUGUGGCCAACAGUGCUAUCAAGUCAAGUCAAUGUUAUGUUUGUUUGCAUACGUGGUGGCUUUCGGA